AUGACUCACCCCUUUGGUAGCUCCCAAAGUAACACCAGCAGCGCCUGCCUGUGGUUCAAGGUAAGACCAACCGCGUCGUUUAUGUAUAGGACCCGGCCGACUUGUAAACUGAAGAUUCUCAGGGGCCACAUAACUCAAGGGAGUCCAGUCCGGCUUUUUAAGUCCUUUUAGAUCCCCAGGGAAGUAGCUGAAUUGGGAAUCGCCAAAAUUGAGCUCAACGGUUGAAUUGUUAAGAGCGACGGUUGGGAAGAAGGCAAUUCUACGGGCAACAGGGCUUCCAUUAGAAGCUAAAACGGUUGCGAAAUUAUCAGGAAGGUGGUAAGCAUCACCGAAAGGAUGACCAUUUUUCGCCCAUCGAAUUGUGCGUUGUGUCAGGUCGAGGAAGCAGCCAAUAACAUCGCCUUCUCCAAAGCUCUCGCCAUAGUUGUCAAUCUCAUUGUUGUGCAUGCGCUUGCCUUGUUGACCAGAAAGGCCAAAGCCAUCAGCAUCUGA